AUGGAAACCAUUGUGAGUCCACCUCCAGGGGGAAUUUUCCGAUCUGAUGAAGCGAUUGAAUUUGGUAUUCAAAUGGACACAGGAGUUCCAGCGUUGAUUCUAUUUUACUGGGACGAUGGGAGCGGCUUGAAAGUCCUCGAGAGAACGAUCGAUGAGGUUGACCCUCUUCAAGUGUACAAGUUCAACCACUCCUACACUUCGGAUGGAAUGAAGAAUGUGACAGUGGAAGCGAGAAAUGCCCAGGGUGCUCUGAUUGGAGUAGCCAACUUUCAGACUGCUUCAGUGGAGAUCGAGAUCCAGCAUCCUGUUGAAAAUAACUGGAACCUCACGAUCUCCAGCGGUCUCACAAGCGGCAUCGUUCUGCUUCCUCCCGUUUGGGAAACCAUCCAAAACAUAACCAUGGACAUCAGAUAUGUGCUCAAAGAUGGAAUCCUUCGACCUGGAUACGGUGCAAGUGGCAGUUUCUUUCCACUGAGAUCAACAAUUGACUUCACUCCAUUAAUUGGAGCAGGUGUCAUUUCACAGCUUAGGCUGAGGCUCGCCAAUGGGACUAACUUGUUUGCACGCAACAUGACGGACCAAUUCAAUCCUAAUCUCACCGCAAUCUCCGUGGAUUUCCCAAAUGAUUCGUUAAAUAGUUUAGCCCAUCGGCCAGAACGCAUUUCGAUCAAGAAAAAUGCUCCACUUAUGGCAGAGGAGAAGGUGGCCAAUAUCACACCUGGUCAGAAUUUGAUCGCAGCUAACAAGAAAAAAGAAAUGACAUUUCUCGGUGGAAACUAUAGCGUUGUCCUAGAGGUCUACAAUAUCAUCCAAGGUUGGAUUGAAUCUCCCUUCUACGAAAUUUACAUCGACCCUUUCAUCCCCAUCACCAAUCUUACGAUCAUCAGUCCAACGGCAGAUUCAAUGUUUGCUUCGGGAGAAGAGAUAGAAGUGAGCAUAAAGAUGGAUUCUGGUGCUCCAGCUCUCAUCUACAUCUUCUGGGAUGACGGGGUAGCAUCCGUUCUGGAGACCACGAUUGAGAUGGUCGAUCCUGCCCAGUUGUACAAGUUCAAUCAUUCCUACACCUUGAUUGGAAAGAAGAAUGUGACCGUGGAAGUGAGAAAUGCCCAGGGUGCUCUGAUCGGAGUGGCCAACUUUCAGACUGCUUCAGUGGAGAUCGAAAUUCUGGAUCCUGUUCAAAACAACUGGAAUCUCAGUGUCUCGAGUGGUCUCACUAGCGGCAUCGUCCUCGUCCCCCCUGAUAAUGGAGCGCCGAAGGCGCGACCAUAG